AUGAAAAUAGUAAUUGUGGGUGAAAGGAAGAUAAUUCCUAAUUUUUUGAUUUUAGCAGUGACUGCAUGUCAGUUAGUUAAAGAUGGUUGUGAAGCAUAUCUGAUUAGUUUUGUAGAUACUACUGAGGUCAGUCCAGGGGUAUCAGAUGUUCCAGUGUGUGAAGAUUCUUAUUUGCAAAAGAUGAAGCGUAGAGUAGAAGAAGGAAAGAAUACACAAUUUGUGUUGAGAGAUGAUGGUGUCUUAUUGAAUGGAAAUCAUAUAGGGAUCUUAGAUUUACUUCUCGUUUCUCGGAGAGUUUGUAGAAAGCGUAUGAUGGAAUUUGCGUAUAACAACAAUUUUCAUUCAAGUAUCGGUAUGGCUCCAUAUGAAGCUUUGUACGACAAGAAAUGUAGAAUUCUAGAAUUUGAUGAUUUAUUUCUCGAAGAGAUCCCAAAUGGAUUGCCAUCAAUUAGGGGAAUAGAGCAUCAAAUUAAUUUCAUUCCUGGAUCAUCUAUUCCUCAUCGGUCUGCCUAUAGGAGCAACCCUGAGAAGACUAAGGAGCUGCAAAGCACAAAUGGAAUAGAAGCUGAUGAAGAAAAGGUAAAGGCUAUUAAAGGGUUGCCGAAACCUACUUAUAUUGGUAAUGUAAGGAGUUUCCAUGGCUUAGCUAGCUUUUAUAGGAGGUUUAUGAAGGAUUUUAGUAGCUUAGCCAUGCCUUUAGCUGAGGUUGAGUGUGAUGCUUCAAUUAUUGGCAUUGGAGCUGUGUUGAUGCAAGAAGGACACCAUUUGAAGGGACAAAACAAGCUGAAUAGGCGAUAUGCUAAAUGGAGCAAAUUCAUUGAGUCCUUUCCUUAUGUUAUCAAGUAUAAGCAAGGUAAAGAUAAUGUUGUAGAAGAUGCAUUAUCUCAGAGGCAUGAUGGAUACUUCUUUAUGAAAAAAUGCUUAUGUGUGCCUAUUUGGUCUAUGCAUGAAUUGCUUGUGAGGCAAGCUCAUGGGGGCCGGUUAAUUGGUCAUUUUGGUAUUGCCAAGACUUAUGGAUAUGCCAAAUCCAAGGUUAAACCCUAUGGGUUGUAUACACCAUUACCUAUUCCUACUACACUUUAUAUUGAUAUCUCCAUGGACAUUGUGCUUGGUUUACCUAGAUCUAGGAGUGGUAAAGAUUCAAUAUAUGUGGUUUUUGAUAGGUUUUCUAAGAUGGCACACUUUGUUCCAUGUCAUCAAAUCAAUGAUGCAUCACAUACAACUGAUUUGUUUUUCAAGGAGAUGUUGUGUUUAUAUGGCAUGCCUCGCACUAUUGUGAGUGAUAGAGAUGCUAAGUUCUUGAGUUACUUUUCGAAGGCUUUGUGGUGUAAGUUAGGCACUAACCUAUUUUAUUCUACUACUUAUCAUCCACAAACUGAUGGUCAAAUGGAAGUGGUUAAUAGAUCUUUUUCUACUCUUUUGCGUACUAUCAUUAAGAAAAACUUGAAAACUUGGGAAGAAAUUUAUAUGCAUGGUGAAUUUGCUUAUAAUAAAAGUGUGUAUUCUACUACUAAGUAUUUACCUUUUGAGGCCAAAUAUGUGAAGCAAUUACAUGAUAAGGUGUGGAUAAACAUUGAGAAGAGGACGAAGCAAUAUGUUACUCAACCUAACAAAGGGCAAAAGGAAGUAAUUUUUGAGCCUGAAGAUUGGGUUUGGGUGCAUAUGCUAGAGGAGAGGUUUCCUGCACAAAGGCAUUCUAAAUUACUCCCAAGGGAAGAUGGUCCUGUUCAAGUGGUUGAAAGGAUCAAUGACAAUACCUACAAACUUGAUUUACCCUGUGAGUAUAAUGUUAGUGCAACUCUCAGUAUUGCUGAUUUAACUCUCUUUGAUAUAGUUUCUGAUGUGAGGACAAAUCCUUUUAAAGAGAGGGGAAUGAUGCGACCCUAA